AGCGUUGCUGCCCCAAGUAUUGGCUAGAAUUAGGUCCCCGGCGGCUGCAUUUCUUCUGUCCUUUCCCUCUUCUUUUCUCAGCCUCAGAACUUGUUCCCCGGCGGUGGGGCGGGGUGGGGCUCCAGAAUUCUUGUCUGGAUUCCUCAAAAGAUUGUCUGUAGUUGUUGGGGGAGCAGUGAUGCUGCGAUGCUGUCCCAAUUUGUUUUGGGAGAUAGGUAGGUAGGUAGGUAGGUAGGUAGAUAAUUAUGGAAAGGGCACCACCAGGAAAUCCUUAAGGUGAAGUGAACCUGGGACGUUGAAGAAACAUCCCAUAAGAAGGCAGGGAUGAGCCACUUCCAUGUUGUUGGCGGGGAAACCAGGCAGCUGUGUUUGGGUGGCCACCAAGAGAGGAGCUGAAUAUUGAAGGAGUUGGGCUUGUUUGAAAACGUUUGCUCAGGAUAGCAGUCUGGGGUUAGUUCCAGGGUUAGACUGGGUGUCCCUCUCCCAUUUAGCAGCACAAUCCCCUCCCCAUGCCCACCCCCUGAGGUCUCAGUUUUCUUCUGGUGAGAGAGUGACUUGACCCAAGCAUAGAGCCGAGUCAGACGUCCCCUUUUACCUCCUGUCUCCCACCCCACAUGGAGUAACAGACUUUUCCUGCCCUUGGUCAGCCCCUGGGUUUGGGUUCUUUGGCGGCUUUCCGUAGCUCAUAACCCUAAUCUCAUGACGGUGGACUAUGUUUUCCCUUUAAAAUAGCUUUUCCUUCCUCCUUUCCCCCUUCCAGAUCGUUGACCCCCAGAAAGGUCAGCUCCAGACAGUGCUGUAGGAAGACUUCCUGAUGCCUGCAGCCUGGGAGGAGCGCCAUGGAUUUGACUAAGAUGGGUACGAUUCAGCUCCAGAACGCCAGCCACGCUACCGGGCUUCUCCAGAAAGCCAACCAGAUGCGCCUGGCGGGGACCCUGUGCGACGUGGUGAUCCUGGUGGACAGCCAAGAGUUUCAUGCCCACCGGACUGUCUUGGCAUGCACAAGCAAGAUGUUCGAGAUCCUGUUCCACCGCAACAGUCAGCAUUAUACCUUGGACUUUCUCUCGCCGAAGACCUUCCAGCAGAUCCUGGAGUAUGCCUACACUGCCACCUUGCAGGCUAAAGUUGAAGACCUUGAUGACCUGCUCUAUGCGGCCGAGAUCCUCGAGAUCGAGUACCUGGAGGAGCAAUGCUUGAAGAUCUUGGAGACCAUUCAGGCGUCAGAAGACAACGAUGCCGAAGUCAACAUAGCCGACGGCGCUGCCGAAGAAGAGGAAGACCGGAAGUCCAAACACAUCAAGAACAUCCUCAUCUCCAAGCAUUCCAGCGAAGAGAGCGGCUACUCCAGCCUGGCCGGGCAGAGCCUGAUGGGGACGGUGGUGGAGCACAGCCCCUCCGUCUCCACUUCCUUUGGCCUGGCGGCCAUGAGCCCCACCAAGGCCGCUGUGGAUAGCUUGAUGAGCAUUGGCCAGUCGCUGCUGCAAGGGGCUCUGCCCCAUCACGCUCUCGAGGACUUGCACUCUGCCGAUGGCCGGUGCCCGGCCGUGGCCGAAAUGAAGACCGAAGCCAUGCAGGUGGAGGAGGCCCCCGGUCUCGGGAGCCCGAGGUCAGCAGAGCUGAGCGCUUCUGCAGGGGACAAGGCGGAGGACAAAAGCAAGCAAGGGCCGGGCACCCCGACCCGAAGCAGCGUCAUCACAAGCGCCCGGGAGCUGCACUACCCCCGGGAUGAAGGCGCAGAGCAGCCUGCCGAGGCGGUCCAAGGCCCCCCAGUCGGGCCGGAGCUCUUGGCUUCUCACGGGGAGAAGCCGAUAGGCAUCUACUCGGUGCUGCCGAACCACAAGAGCGACUCCGUGCUGGCCCUCCCGGCCUCCAUGGCCCCAACUCUGCACGUGCAGCCGGCCCUCGCCGUCUCCAUGGACUUCGGCUCCUAUGGAGGGCUGCUCCCGCAGGGCUUCAUCCAGAGAGAGCUCUUUAGCAAACUUGGGGAACUGGCCGUGGGGAUAAAAACCGAGAACCGGACUGUCGGCGAACAGUGCAGCGUUUGCGGGGCGGAGCUGCCGGACCACGAGACGGUGGAGCAGCACAGGUANCUGCACAGUGCAAUGAAGACAUACGGGUGUGAAUUGUGCGGAAAAAGAUUCCUUGACAGCCUCCGCCUUCGGAUGCACUUACUGGCUCAUUCAGCAGGUGCCAAAGCCUUUCUCUGUGAUCAUUGUGGUGCACAGUUCUCUAAAGAAGAUGCCCUGGAAACUCACAGGCAGACACACACCGGUAAGUCUUCUUUUGAGUUGUUAUCUUCCAAAUUCCUCAGCAUUUUGUGAAAAUAUCCUCUUAAGGAGGUGGUUGGUGGCAUUCUUCUUCCUAACCUUGGCCUUUUUCUUGAAUCAGCAGUAGCAGUAAAAUUUUCCAUUAGACCAACCUUUCACCAGUAUGUUCUGUGGGUACUGAUGAUGUUGAUAUUGAAGGCAAGGAGAAUUCUUAACACUGGAGAGGAAGUCUAGUCUAUGCCUCCCUAGUUUCUCCUCCACAUUUUCACACUGGGAGCUUGGUCAGGAAAGGUGUUGGAAGAUCUGUAUUUGUGGUGCCUCCACUAAAGAUCCCAGAUGGUCCAAGUUUAAUGACCACGUAGAAGAUACCAGUUGGGAAGGCUGACCUUGGUCAGUUAGGCAGUCUAGAAAUAGAAAU